AUGACCGGUUUGCGUGCAACCGCAGUCCGCUACCACUCUUCGUACAACACUCAUGUCGCUGGUCUGACAGAGGAGCAGAACGAGUUCCGUCUUGCGGUCAACCGGUUCGCCAACGAGGAGCUCGCCCCUCGUGCUGCUGAUAUCGAUCGCGAGAACACUUUCCCUAUGGACAUGUGGAAGAAAUUUGGCGACAUGGGUCUUCUUGGAAUCACCGUCCCUGCCGAGUACGGUGGUCUGGGCCUCGGAUAUCUGGAGCACACCGUUGCCAUGGAGGAGCUCUCCCGGGCUUCGGGAUCUGUCGCUCUGUCAUAUGGUGCCCACUCCAACCUCUGUGUCAAUCAGAUCAACCGCAAUGGUAACGAUGCCCAGAAGAAGAAGUAUUUGCCCAAGUUGAUCUCGGGUGAGCAUAUUGGUGCGUUGGCCAUGUCUGAACACACCUCUGGCUCGGACGUCGUCUCGAUGAAGCUCCAGGCCGACAAGAAGGGCGACCGUUAUAUUCUGAACGGAACUAAGAUGUGGAUCACGAACGGACCCGAUGCUGACACCUUGGUCGUCUAUGCCAAGACCGAUAUCAAGGCCGGCCCCAAGGGCGUCACCGCCUUCAUCAUUGAGAAGGGUAUGAAGGGCUUCUCCCGCGGCAAGAAGCUCGACAAGUUGGGCAUGCGUGGCUCCAACACCUGCGAGCUCAUCUUUGAGGACUGCGAGGUGCCCGAGGAGAACGUGUUGGGUGCCGUCGGCAAGGGUGUGUACGUGCUCAUGUCCGGUCUUGAUUAUGAGCGUUUGGUCCUGUCCGGUGGACCCCUGGGUCUGAUGCAGAAUGCACUUGAUAUCACACUGGAUUAUGUCCACCAGCGCAAGCAGUUCAACCAGCCGAUCGGAGAGUUCCAAUUGAUCCAGGGCAAGAUCGCGGAUAUGUACACGAAGUUGAACGCCUCCCGUUCAUAUGUCUACUCAACCGCUCGUGCGUGUGAUAGCGGACAUUCGUCGAACCGUGACUGCGCCGGUGUGAUCCUGUACUCUGCGGAGCGUGCGACCGAGGUUGCGUUGGAUGCGAUUCAGUGCUUGGGCGGAAAUGGAUAUAUUAACGAUUUCCCUACGGGCAGGAUCUUGAGGGACGCCAAGUUGUAUGAGAUUGGCGCUGGUACCUCGGAGAUCAGGAGGAUGCUGAUCGGACGUGAGUUCAACAAGGAGUACAGGAACUAG